GCAAGCCAGCAACGUGGAGAUUGAAACAUGGUAAAAAAACCAUAACCAAACUACAGUGUUGAGUUGGGGUUUUGUUCUUCUCUUCUGUGCUAUGAAUUGAAGGAGAGAACUUGUCUGAGUUGAGUAAGAGGGAAAUGGGUAGCAAGGGACACCCAGUUUGUGCAGUCUGCACCAACAACUGUCUAUUGUUCCACCGACCAAAACAAACACCACCUUCACCAACCUGUUUCUUCAAGGUCAUCGCUAAACAAGAGCAUUUAACUACUUUGUAUAUUCCUCCUGCCUUUAGUAGUAUUGUGUCACACUUGGUUAAUAAGAAAGUCAUUCUCAAUGAUUCAAGUGGGAAGCAAUGGAAUGUAGAAGUAUCAGAAGUUAAUGGUUCUUUUGUGUUUGAGGAAGGAUGGAAUACUUUUUCAUUGGAUCAUGGGCUUAAAGUUGGAUAUUUUCUAGUAUUCAAUUACAUAAAGGAUUUGCACUUUGAUGUCAAGAUCUAUGAUACAUCUGCAUGUGAAAAGCUUGAUUUUUCUAAAAAAAGAAAUCAGAAGAAAAGAAGUAGGGGCAAAAGUGGCUCUCCAGUAAAAGAUGGUAAGUUGGUUAGACAAGGUCCCAAUGCCGUAGUUGUCUCCCAGCUUCAUGUGCCAAAAAUGCAAAACCAGCGCAGCAAGGUUGACUCAGUAGUACCACAAAAUAGUAAAGAGAGUGGCCAACUUAUGUGCAUAUCAGAACACUGUGAAGACCCAUAUUAUUCAACAAGUCUAGAAUUUGAUCAGAGCCAUGGUGUUGAUGGGACUACGAGAUUUGCAAACGGAGAUUCAAAAGUUCCUGAUGUUGAUUGUGGAACCCAUAUAUAUCAAAAUGAUGCAAUCGUAUGUAGUAAGAACCCUAUGUUUGAAGUGGGCAUGGGAGCUUACUUAGACAUAUCUGAACUUGAAAUGUCAGGAGGAAAUACUUCCCUAGGUGAGGCAAACAAAAGCACCUAUGACAAGACUUCUACUUUGGAACUUGAAGCAAACAAAGGGAUCAAAGCCAUCAUGUACAACAGGGAAGCUCAAGAGUGUCAAAUUGCCGAGAGCUUAGGUGAAAUGAAGAAAGUUCCUGUGGACAUGGCUCCCGAGUUGGGCAGUUCCAUGGAUGAAUUGAAUGUAACAGGUGAAAUCUCUGAAAAGUCCAAGAAAGAGCCUGUAACUCUCGAUGAAUUGGGAGUAACAGGGUUGCCAGAGGAGACUAAGGGAGAGUUGGGUCACAGUUCUGACAUGUUUAAUCAACAUAAUGAGAGUCACUUCAAAACUGCACUCACUUUCUCCUGCGUGGUGCCUAAUGAUGAUGUUUACCUUGAAUUGGCCAGAUGCCUACAUGUGAUUCGCGGGAUAAAAGAGUCUCGGCAAAAGAAGAUGGUAGUGUUACUUCGGGAUCCACUGAGGAGAUUGUGGCCAGUGUUUUACAAUGAGAAACUGCUGUUACUGACUCAUGGAUGGUUAAAUUUUAGCAGAGCUAAUAAGAUUGAACCAAAUGAUGUGUGCACGUUUGAGGCUGAGGCUGAAGCUGAGGACAAGUAUAAACGAAUCUUAACUGUACAUAUAGCCCACAAGAGAUGUUAGAGUAACUCUAAGGAGUUGUUUGGAGCAUGGAAUCAUGUGUUUGGUGGUCCUCAUUGUGUCACAUUAGUGUUAAACAACUUUACUCUAUUUUUAUUCUAAUAGUGAGAUUUUUCAAGCAA